AUGUGGGGAAAAAUAGUUAGUAGUGUUUCAAACGCUCUUGAUUUUAACCAAGCCACAUUAAGUGGUUGUAUUGAUAUUAUAUGUAUCGAAUCAGAAAUAGAAUCUGAAAUAAAAAAUGAUAAAAAAAUAAGCUUAAUAUAUAAAUCAACACCAUUCCAUGUAAGAUUUGGAAAAACUAAACUAUUAAGAUCAAAAGAGAAAAUAGUUAAUAUAUUAGUUAAUGGAAAAACUACAAAUCUUCAUAUGAAAUUAGGAAGCGCAGGGGAAGCUUAUUUUGUUGAAAAAACUUAUGAAGAUGUAGAGGAAGAAUUAGAAACGUCGCCUUUAUCAUCGCCCAGAUAUGAAUAUGAUGAUAUUUUGUUUGAACAUAAUAUUGAUAGUUGUAGUAUAUAUGAAUCAUCAAUUAAUAAUUUUAAAAGUGACAAAGAAGAAUAUGAAUUUUAUGAAAAUGUCGGUGAAAAUAAAAAUACACAGACUACUGAUAAAUAUAGCCAUGAUGGUGAAUUUUCAAAAACAAAAUCACGAACUAUUUUAGAAAGAAAUAUUAAUAGUGAUAAUGAAAGAAUAAAUCGAACCUCUACACGAAAUCGUAGAAAUAGUAAAUCUGCAUAUACAAAUGAUAAUACAAAAUCAAACAAAAAAAAAAAUGAAACAAAAACUGAUAUAAAAUAUUAUGAUAAAAAUUAUAAUUUAUCUAUAAAAGAAAUACAAACAAUAUCUCAAGAAAUUAGUGAAAAAAAAAAAAAAUCAAUUAUUAGUAAUAAUGAAGAAACAAUCCAAAAUGAAGAUGCUGAUGAUAUAUUAUAUAAUCUUAAAACAUAUCAAACAAUUAAAAAUAAAAAUUCAAAUAAAAUAGAAAAUGAAUAUGAUGAUAAAAAUAUUAAUUCGGAAUGGUCUUGGUCAUGGGGAAGAUUACCCCAUUUAAAAGUUCAAAAUCAAACUUCAAAUAAUGGUAGUAUUGUGUUAUCGUCUAAUAAAAAAAAAAAAAAAAAUAGAAGUGUUGCCUCUAACAAUAAGUUUAGCACAGAUAAUAAUAAAAAUAAAGAAUUCAAAAAUGAACAUCUUUUAUCAAUUCCUAAUAAUAUUAUUGUUAGAAAAAGAAAUUUCAGUGAAUGUUAUGUUAAAAAAACAAACGAUCAUAAUAGUGAUAUUAAAAAAUAUUCAUUAGCAUGUAUAAAUAAAGAAAAUAUUAAUCAAACUAAAGAAAAAAAUAUCAAUUUUAUUACAAAAGAUUCAAAAAGUAAAAAUAUAAUAAAGGAUGCAUUUACUACUGCAAAUAAAAAUAAUAAUAUAGACAAAAAAAAAAAUAAUUCAAUUAAAAGCGUUCAAAAUAAUAACUCAAUUAACACCAUUCAAAAUAAUACUCCAAACAAUUUGGAAAUACAACGAAAUAGUCAAUCAAAAUCGACACGACCUUUAUCUGCAAAUUAUAAUACAAAACGUAAUGGAGAAAAAAGAGAAUCAAAUCUUAAUCCUUAUUCAAAAGGUUUGGCCAAAAAACCAACAGAAUCGCCAAACAAAAUAACAGAAUCAACAAAAAACAUGUUCGAAUCUAAAGUUAUAAAAAAAAAAGACAGAAAAAUGUCACAAAAUAAUAGAGAAAAAACACAAAGUAAUGAUUAUGGAGCCAUUUCAGACAGUUAUAUAGAUGAAGAAGUCAAAUCAAAUUAUGGAAAUAAUUAUUAUGAUCAAUCAAUUGAUGAUACACAAGAAAAUGGAUUUGAUGAUGAUAUACAAAAUCGAAUAGAAUGCAGUUUAUGUGGUCAUUUGUUAUUAAAUCAAAACAUAGAUAAUGAACAUAAUGAAUAUAAUAUUGAAAUUCAUAAUAAAAAUAUUUUUGAAGCUAAUAUUGUUACAUAUGAUCAAAUUGAUAGAAAUUCUAAUUUGUGGUACCAUCCGUCUCUUGUUUUUAGAUUUGAUAAAAAAGAUCCUUAUUAUCCAUCAAGGGUUGCUUUGCCAUUAUUAGCAUCAUGGGUUGUUUUUAAUCAACCACUUUCUAUUAUUGCUGUUGAAAAAUUAUUAAAUAGUUCUCUAAAUUUAAUUGAAAUGAAAGACAAAAGUUGGAGAAACUGGUUUGGUGUUUCUAAUGUUGAAAAUAAUAAUCAACUUAAAGGUAAAAACUCAAAAACUCAAAAACAAAAUAUUUCAAAUAAUAAUCUAACACAUAAAAAAAAAAACAUUUCUAAUUCAGAAAAUAAUACAAAUAGUAUUGCUCUUGAAAAAAACACAACACAUGUUACUUCUCCAUUUCAAUUUCAAAAUAAUAAUCAUGAAAAUAAUAGAAAAAAUAAAAAUUCGGGAUUAAACAUUAUACCUAAUCCUCAUAAUACUAUCAAUUUACGAAAUUCAAGUAUUUCACAUAACAGUAAUUUUUUAAGCUUUAAUAAAAGCAAUAUUAAAAGAAGUGUCCAGGAAUCUAUAUAUAGCAAGAAUGAUGGCUCUAAACGAAGUGUUAGACAUAAAGAUGAUAAAACAAAAAUUCGUUAUAGAAAAUCAUUACGACCAACAUCUGAACAACUUCAAUCCUUAAAUUUAAAAGAAGGAGCAAAUACUAUUACAUUUUUAGUAACUUCAUCUUUACAAGGAACCAAAAGUAUUAAUGGAACGAUCUAUCUUUGGAAAAAAAAUGCUAAAAUUGUUAUUUCAGAUGUUGAUGGAACUAUAACUCGAUCUAAUGUUUUAGGGCAUAUAAUGCCAAUUGUUGGAAAAGAUUGGUCCCAUGAUGGUGUUUUUCAGUUAUUUAAUAAAAUAAAUAAUAAUGGUUAUCAUAUUUUAUAUUUAACUGCUCGAGCUAUUGGGCAAGCCGAUUCAACAAGGGAGUACUUAUUCAGAUUUAAAAGAAAUGAUAAUAAACUUCCUGAUGGCCCUUUAAUUCUAAGUCCUGAUAGACUUUUCCCAUCUUUUAAAAGAGAAGUUAUUGAUAAAAAACCUUACAUUUUUAAAAUUGCUGCACUACGAGAUAUUCGAAAUUUAUUCCCUUUAAAUCAUAAUCCAUUUUAUGCUGCAUUUGGAAAUACAGAAAGUGAUCAUAGAGCAUAUAUAUCUGUUGGAGUACCAGAGGCAAAGGUUUUUAUAAUUGACAAUCAUGGAAUUGUACAUCAUGUUAAUUCAACUUAUGCUAAAACAUAUGAAACUAUGAGCGAAAUAACCGAAUACAUGUUUCCGAGUAUUAAAUGUGAUACCAAAAGAGAAGAUGAUGAUCAAUAUAAUUCUUUUCAAUACUGGAAAAUGAAUAGUCUAACAUACUAUGAAAAAUAUAUGGAUGCCAGCGACAGUAGUUGA